AUGAACAGAGUAAAUAUUAAUGGCGUUCCGGUUGUCAAGAUACUUUUUUAUCACAACAAACAUUCAGGCCGUUGCUAAGGAAAUUAAUGUGUAAUUGUUAGUUCAAUAUAAUUCAACAUUAAAAUAAUAUUUCUCCAUGAAUGGACCACAAAAAACAUUCACAAAAGCGUUUACGCUCAAGUAAAAGCUCAGAAAUAAUAAAAGAAUCAUUAACUCCAGAUAAUAAUAUUGAUAAUUACUAUACUGAAAAUAAUAAUUUAAAGUCUUUGAAAAGUCCAAGUGAACUAUCAUCAAGGUAUUUAAAUUCAACGAGUCUAAGUGGAAGCAUAAAUAAAAAUAUUGUUAAUGAUGACUCUGACAAUGAAGAAAGUAUUAACGAGAUUUCAAACACGAAACAGUAUUACAGAAGAGACGCAUUUAGUUCAGAAGAAACCAACAAAAAUAAUUCCGAUGAUGAUGUUAACAAAAGGAAAAUCAAACAAACUGAUAAGAUAUUAUCUAAGCAAGAAAAACGACGGAAAAAAACAUCACAGAGGCGGAUGCAUCAUCAACGAGAAGAAAAACGUAUUUCGACGUCUCGGAAUGACAAUGAAGAGAACAUUGACGAGGAUCGGGCUUCUUUAAAACAACACGAUCUUUCAAUGACAAGUAAAAAAUAUUCAAAACGUUCAAGAACAAGAUCUCGCAGUAGCAAAGGAGAAGGAAGAAGAAGAGAUGGAAGAGGAAGAGAAGAACGAGAAGAUGUACAUAGCAAUGAAUUGCCAAUAACAGAAUUUUUACGACAAGCUCAAGAAAACUCACGAGCACAAUAUGAAGAGCCUGUCCCUUUACCCGAAUUGCGUACAGAUACUAUUUAUGUGCAAGGCAGAAAUCGUUUUAGUGCCGUUAAAAUUCCUACGGAACGUACUAGUCGAGGUCGCCGAGGUCCUGAUACAGAUGAAACUACCAUGUAUCCGAUUAAAAUUGCAAUAUUGGCGCAAAAGGCUUGGAAGAAUGCUGGAUUUAUUUAUCAAGGUCUUCUUGCUGGAAUGGCAUUUAUGCAUUUUAUUUUUGUUCAAACAUAUUUUAAAGCUUCGAAAAAACCUGCUGAGGAUUAUUCAAUUAUCGCUGAAAUAUAUACUAAUUUAUUUUCAUUUUUUUUGGUAAUGUGUAUUAUUGCUGCUUUUGAUAGAUUUGAUUUGGCGCAUUUCGAUAUAGAACAUUUUAGAGAAAUAUAUAAUAAUUAUGCUAAAGCUAUUGCAGUAAUCCCAUUAUAUAUUGCAGUAUUUUGCUUACAUCAAGCGACAAUGAAAUUUGAUGACAAAUUGUCAUUAAUUAAUUACACAGCAAACUCUACUAGUUUAACUAAUGAAAAUGUAACCACGACUAUCAGUGAUGAAGAACUCAACAAUUGGACAGCAAUAACUUUAACUAAAGAUGGAAUGGUUGUUGCUGCUUGGCUUUUUGUUUCAUUAGGUCCUCAAAGUGAUAUGCUUUUAACUCACCUUCAGUCAUUAGAAAAAUAUCACAGCAGUGAUUAUUAUUAGGAUAAAUAUUAGGGUGUUUCAAAAAAUAACAAAUUUUUUUUUUCUCGGAAACAGGUUCAAAAGUUUUAUUUAGAUAAAAAAAAUGCCUGUGAAAAUUAGAGCUUUAACAUGGAAAACAUUUUUUUUGCGUCUUCUGAUUUUUAUUAGUAGCUAACGAUGCGUCAUAGGAUUCAUUGUCAGGCAUAAUUUUGUAGGUAAUUGAAUGCUCUACAAAAAAAGUUUCUUGUCAUUUUUUGAUAAAUCUAUUUGUUCAAAAAUUAUUUGAGGUUGAAGUCGAAUUCAUAUUAAAUUUGGAGAUCUUUUUACUUUCCGGCGAAACUAUCAGACCUAUUACAAAAUAUCAUGGGACCUUUUUUGUAGACAAUUUUAUUCCCUACAAGUUAUUUCCAAUAAAGUUUUUCUGAAUUCCGCAUUGUUUUCUAGUUAUUUUAAUUUUAAUGUCAAGGUCACAAAAAAAAUAGUCUUCUGAUCGAUUUUAAGAGCUUGACAUUAAAAUGAAAAUAACUAGAAAACAAUGCGGAAUUUAGAAAAAUUUUAUUGAAAAUAACUUGUAGGGAAUAAAAUUGUCUACAAAAAAGGUCCCAUGAUAUUUUGUAAUAGGUCUGAUAGUUUCGCCGGAAAAGUAAAAAGAUCUCAAAAUUUAAUAUGAAUUUGACUUCAACCUCAAAUAACCUUUGAACAAAUAGAUUUAUCAAAAAAUGAUAAGAAACUUUUUUUGUAGAGCAUUCGAUUACCUACAAAAAUAUGCCUGCUAAUCAUUCGUAUGAUGCAUCGUUAACUACUUAUAAACAUCAGAAGACGUAAAAAAAAUAUUUUCCAUGUUAUUCUUAUGGGAAAUAGAAAAGUGCAAUGCGGAACUUCUUAAUGUCAAUAUUAAGAGCUCUAAUUUUCACAGGCGUCGUUUUUUAUCUAAAUGAAACUUUUCAACCUGUUUCCGAGAAAAAAAAAAAAAAUUGUUAUUUUUUUAAACACCCUAUUGAAUAUAC